AUGAAAUCGAAUUUAGUUGGAGCGAUUGAUCAAGGAACGUCGAGUAGUCGUUUUAUAAUAUUCGACAUAUCGCUGAAGAAGGUCGUCGCCAGUCAUCAGGAAAAAAUUAGUCAAUUUUGCCCGAAAAGUGGAUGGGUAGAAAUUUGUCCGAAACAAAUUUAUGAUAGUGUGAUGAAAUGCAUUGAAGAAGCAUGCAAGAAAUUAUCGCGAACGAAUUACUCCGUCUCACAGAUUCGAUCAGUUGGACUUGCAAAUCAGCGUGAAACUACAAUAGUAUGGGAUAGCAGUUGUGGUGAACCGUUAUUUAAUGCUAUCGUUUGGUUGGAUUGUCGAACCGCUCAACUUGCUGACGAGUUUAUUGAAAAAACACCCGACAAAUCGAAGGAUUUUUUAAAAUCUAAAACGGGACUGCCAAUCCAUUCAUAUUUUAGUGCACUUAAAAUACGUUGGCUAUUAGAUAAUGUGAAUGAAGUUCAGAAUUCUUUGCAAAGAGGUACACUAAUGUUUGGUACUGUGGAUUCUUGGUUACUUUGGAAAUUGACGGGAAAACAUAUAACUGAUGUAACUAAUGCAAGCAGAACGUUAUUAAUGGAUUUGAAUAAAUUAGAUUGGUCCUUGGAACUUUGUAAAUUUUUCAAAAUUCCUCGUUCAAUAUUGCCAAAAAUUUGUUCAUCAGCUGAAUUUUAUUCUAAUAUAUUGCAUGGUCCAUUAAAAGGGAUACCCUUUACUGGAUGUUUGGGCGAUCAACAAGCCGCUAUGCUAGGCCAAAACUGCAUUCAAUAUACAGAUAUUAAAUCCACUUACGGCACGGGAACAUUUGUGCUUUGUAAUACCGGAACAAAUCUAAUAAUAAGUAAAAAUGGGCUUUUAUCUUCUAUCGGAUAUCAGCUUGGUAAAAAUACUUCGGUUACGUAUGUUCUUGAAGGAUCGGGUUCAAUUGGUGGUAACUCAGUUCGUUUUCUUCGCGACAAUUUAGCAAUUAUAAAUAAUUUAUCAGAAGUGGAAAAUUUGGCGAAUUCGGUUAAAGAUAGUGGUGGAGUGAUUUUUGUGCCAUCGUUUUCUGGUCUUUUUGCACCAUAUUGGGAUUCCACUGCUCGUGGAACCAUGUUUGGUUUGGAUCAAUCAACAAGAAAAGGUCAUAUCGUUCGUGCCGUCCUCCAAGCAAUUUGCUGUCAAACAGCUGAAUUAAUCGACGCAUUUGAGAAUGAUUUGGGAGCGAAAUGUGUUUUAGGAAAAUUAAAGAUUGAUGGGAAGGUAACGUCAAAUGUAUUAUUUAAUCAAAUGCUUAGCGAUACGAUCGGCCGAAGCAUAUUUUGUUGUCCGUUGGCGGAAGCAACUUCAUGGGGUGCUGCACUGGCUUCAGCGAUUGGUGCAAAUAUUAUUAGUGUCGAUGAAUUGAAUUCGUUUUCGUUCGAUAAAAAUGCUAUAAAAUACGAUGCGAAAGGAAAUAACGAAGAAAGAAUGAAACUUAUGUUUGCAUGGAAAGAGGCGAUUAAACGUACUCAAAACUGGAUUUCCUAA